AUGGAUGCUGAGGAGGUGAAACGGAGGCUUGCCUCUGGCGAUUAUGUUUUGGUUGCACCAGCAAGUAAAGCAAAGUCUGAUGUGUGGAAAAGUUUUGACCAUGUGCCUAAUGAGAAUAAUGAGCCAGUGGGUUAUGUAAAAUGCAAGAAAUGCGACAUUCUUUUAAAGUACAACGACAGUGAGUUCAGUGAAAGGGUGUUCAGUGCUGCUGGACGCACCAUCAGUAAAGCCUUCUACAGAGGUGAUGUUAGACUGGUCAAUGGUAGUAAUCGCUGCUCUGGUAGAGUUGAGGUCUUUCAUGAUGGUCGUUGGGGAACUGUGUGUGAUGACUAUUGGGACAUUAAUGAUGCUGCUGUAGUGUGCAGACAGUUGGGAUGCGGAGAAGCUGUUACUGCAGACAGUGGGGCUCAUUUUGGCCAGGGGAUUGACCCAAUCUUGCUGGAUGAUGUUGCAUGUUCUGGAAAUGAGAGCAGCCUAAUACAGUGCAAACACAAUGGACUAGGAUCUCAUAACUGUAAACACAGUCAUGAUGCUGGUGUUAUAUGUUCAGAAGGUGAUGUUAGACUGGUCAAUGGUAAAAAUCGCUGCUCUGGUAGAGUUGAGGUCUUUCAUGAUGGCAGUUGGGGAACUGUGUGUGAUGACUCUUGGGACAUUAAUGAUGCUGCUGUGGUGUGCAGACAGGUGGGAUGUGGAAAAGCUCUUAGUGCCAACAGUGGGGCUUUUUUUGGUCAGGGGAGUGACAAGAUCUGGCUGGAUGAUGUUGCAUGUUCUGGAAGUGAGAGCAGCAUAAAACAGUGCAAACACAAUGGACUAGGAUCACAUAACUGUGGCCACCAUAAAGAUGCUGGUGUUACAUGUUCAGACUUGUUAAGAUUGGUUAAUGGCUCUGAUUCCUGCUGUGGAAGAGUGGAGCUCCUUCACAAUGGCCGGUGGGGAACUGUGUGUGAUGAGAGCUGGGACAUAAGAGAUGCUGAUGUUGUGUGCAAACAAUUAAACUGUGGCAGAGCCAUCCGCGCCUCUCACAGUGCAGAAUUUGGUCAGGGAAGUGAAGUGAGUUGGAUAAAUCAUUUAAGAUGUGUUGGAAAUGAGACCACCUUUAUGAACUGCUUAGGAAGUCCACUUAGCUGUGAUCAUAAUACAGAUGCUGGUGUUGUUUGUACAGGUGAUCUGCAGAUGCCCACGCUUACCGUUAUCUCUCAUUCAGUUGUGUCUCCUGGAGAAAACAUUCAGUUCAGAUGCACAACACCUAAUCCAAGAUGUCAGGAAAAUGCUGAAUUCCACCUGUUCAGAAGAUCAUCCACAAUAUCCUCUCAAACAAGUGUAUCUAGUGUGACUUUCAGUCUGACUGCAGACGUCUCACAUCAGGAUCAGUACAGCUGUGAUUACUCUUACAGGAAUGACACCAUCAAGUCUUCCAGGAGUAACACUAUUGAAAUCACUGUAGUGAACCUGCAGAAGCCCAAUAUUUCUCUCAGUGGAUUGUUUGACUUUGGUCCUCAGGGUUCAGUGAUCACCAGAGGUCACAACUUCACUAUUACUUGUUCAUCUGAAUCUCAGUAUUCUGGAGGCUUCUUCUCUCUGUUCAGUGGAUCAAACAUCACCAGGAAUGAACCAGCUGUCAAUCACUCAGCCGUCUUCAUCUUUCCUGAGGCAGAUUAUUCACAUGAGGGAAACUACAGUUGUGUUUAUAAAGUGAAUGUGUCCUCACAUACCUUCCGUUCAGAUGCGUCUGACCUGCUGAUCAUCACUAUCAGAGCCUCUUUGCAUCCUGUCAUUGGUGCUAUUGUGUCAGCUGUACUUCUCAUCUUCUCGGCUCUUGUUAUCGUCUUCAUAGUGAAGAGAAGACAAAAACAAAACAACGAGGAGAUUCAUAAAAAGUGCUUAUUUGAGAAAGGUGAUAUUGUGAUGCAUUUGUUACCGGCCUCAGACCUAGGGGAUAUCUGAGCUGGCAGCAAAGGACACACAGUCAGUGAAGCACUGUGUAUCUGUGAAAUAAUAAAGAGACAGACAAAAUGAGAGUCGUUCCCUUGGUGCAUCAGUUUACUUCUUAGAUCAUCAAACUUUAGUAACUGUACACAUUUCUUGAGUUACAUACAAAAAUAACUUCAUCUGCACAUAACUGAUACUGUAUAUGACUCACACAUGUACACAAGUUAUAUGGAUACAUACACACCUGUAUUCCCUAACCUGUUUCAA